GGAAGCGGGAGGAAGCGGCGGCAGCGCGACGAGCUGCCGAGGAGCGGAAGCGGAGGGAGCGAGAGGAAAAGGCAGCUGCGGCAAGGCAGCACAACUCUGUCGCGUCGGUGCUACCGACAGCGCCGGCAAAGAUGCCCCCGUGUGCCCGAUGUAUCUCGCGCGGCCUGAGGUGCGUCCCGGCUUCCGGAAGAUCCACGUCAUGUAUGGUGUGUAGGGGGGCGAGGGUACGCUGCGUGCGCCCAAACAAACGCGUGGAGAUGGAGUCGCCCGUGCCUGCGAGGAAACGAGUAAGGAUGGAGUCUGAGGGAUCGGGGGUGCCUCAGGAGGAGGCAGAAAUGGGGCGUUUGGUUGCGCACAUCGCAGGCUCGCUCGCCGAGAUCAGCGAGGCAACUCGCUCGCUGGUUGCCCUGUUGGGGCCAAUCCUGGCUCCAGCCACACGCGUGGAAGAUACCAGCAGGACGGACGCCGGGGGAACCGCGGAGGAGGAGGCGGAGGCGAACGCGAUGGUUGAUCAGCUGUCUGAGGACCAAGACAACGGGAUGGAAGGAGGAUCGAAGAUCGAGCGGACGACAUUGCUGCCAGUACCGCCGUCCUUUCGUUUUAACAUGUAAUUACUCCUCUUGUCUUGUAGUAAGUAUAUAUACGAGUACCCAACACCUCCGAUUUGGAAAUGAUGCAUGCAGUCAAACAGAC